GUUAUAAACAUUCACAACUAAUGCACAGCGAGAAAUCCAGAGUCCAAUGCUUUAGGGUUUCUAUAAAAUUCUACAUUUAUGUGCAAACAACAAAAUCCCUAAUUUAAAGGGGUUGCGGUUUGUGUGAUAUUUUCUUCUUCUUGUUGUUGUUAAUUUCUUGAAACAUGGCGGGUCAAACAAACCCGGAAUUAUCCCCAAAAGACUCAGGCGUGAAUGAAGAAUUGCAGGAGCUUGAAUUCACGAAAAGGGGUUGUUGUUGUUUCUGGUUUCCAUCUUUCACAUGUGGCAGAAGCGUAUGGGAACGGGUGUCUACCAGCGAUCAAAAGGAAGAACCCCAUUGGUGGGAUAAGGGUUUGAUCGCCGUUAUGAAAGUCAGGGAGUGGUCGGAACUUGUGGCAGGUCCAAAAUGGAAGACAUUCAUUCGACGAUUCAAUAAAAAUCGUUCCAAAACAAAUAAAUUCAAUUACGACCCGUUGAGUUACUCCUUGAAUUUCGACGAUGGACCAGGGGUAAACGAUCAAUCGGAAGAUGAUCGUUUAUUCCGUGAUUUCUCGUCGAGAUUUGCUUCAAUUCAGGUUUCUGCUAAGUCUUCAAUGGAUUUGGGCAAAGACCCACCAUCCUUGUUGUGAAUUCCUCAGCCGCCGGAA